AUGUCGACGGUAGGUUAUGGUUUUGCUGAAGCAUAUGUGCUCAGAGGCCUCCACAAGAAGAAGCUGAAGAUGGAGCAAGAAGAAGAACGAGCCAAGCUGGGCAGAGCUGAAUCUGAAAUUGGCAUAUAUAUUUUGGAUUCUACUGUCAUUGGCGGUCGAGCUGGCAGGUUUCAAGAGGAAACUGGGAAGUAUAAGAACAUUGUGUACCUGAACUGCAGGCCUGAGAAUAAUUUUUUUCCUGAUCUAUCAACUGCUUCAAGGGCGGAUAUCAUAUUUUUCUGCUCUCCAAACAAUCCAACUGGCAAUGCUGCAUCACAGCAGCAACUAAAGCAACUGGUGGAGUUUGCAAAAGCAAACGGAUCAAUAAUUGUUUAUGACUCCUCCUAUGCUGCUUAUAUAUCUGAUGACAGCCCGAGAUCGAUUUAUGAAAUUCCUGGGGCCAGAGAGGUUGCAAUUGAAGUUUCAUCCUUCUCCAAAUUUGCUGGGUUCACAGGGGUCCGCCUCGGAUGGACGGUUGUCCCUGAUGAGUUGUUGUAUGCAAAUGGGUUUCCUGUCAUAAAGGACUAUAGCCGCAUAGUGUGCACCUGCUUCAAUGGUGCAUCAAAUAUUGCCCAGGCUGGAGGGCUGGCAUGCCUUUCUGAAGAAGGUUACCAGGCCAUAACCACAGUGGUUGACUACUACAAGGAAAAUGCAAAAAUAAUUGUGGACACAUUCAGAUCACUUGGGUUGAAGGUGUAUGGUGGCAAAAAUGCACCUUAUAUAUGGGUACAUUUUCCAGGGUUGAGUUCUUGGGAUGUAUUCAAUGAAAUUCUUGAAAAGACAGACAUAGUGACCAUACCAGGAAAAGGAUUUGGUCCUGGAGGUGAAGAGUACAUCAGAGUUGGUGCUUUUGCCCACAGAGAAAGUAUAUUGGAAGCUUCAAAAAGGCUAAAAACUCUUUUUUAACUUAAAUUAUUUCAUAAAUAUUUGAACCCAGUUGACAGGUACUUGGAGCAAGAAUGACCAUCUUCCUGGAGAACUUUAUUGGUUCAUGAGAUGAAUUAGGAUUGGACAAUUAUUUGGUGCUGAUAA